CAAAUCCCUGGUUUUCCCUAUCCCAACCAUGACCUUAUGGUAGCGUUGGUCGCAAGUGAUUGGUUACACUUUCAUUUCUUUAGUCGUUUCCUCCGUCAGCCCCUCUCUCUCUCCUCUCUCUCUUCCCUUUCUAUUUCCGUUGGAGCUGUAAACAGAAACCGAGACGGAACAAAACCCCACCAUCCACUCCUCUGAUCCGCUCCUCUAUCCCCCAUAGAUACUGUUGCAACUGUCGCCGUCUGAUUGACAUCAAUCUUCACCGUUUGAUACGAUUUCCUCGUGUGUAUAAACUCUCCUCCUCUGCAUCGGUUGAGGACGAUGACGAUGUGCUUAGCCGAGCUCAAUAUUGGAUGCACACUUACUCUCCCGUUCGUCGAUUUGGUGUUCUUUUGAGCACAAACUUCGUCAUAGUCUCGCCAAUUACCGAUCCGAUUCGGUUGUGUGUCGUGCUCGCAAACCGCCAAAAGUUUCAAACUUUGUCUUAGAUCGAAGCACAACUCUGUUCUUCAUCGUUUAAUUUUGCAAGUCAUCGAAGUUCUGUUCAGUGGUUUGAAUCUGAUCGUUUUAUGUUUUGAUACUCAAUUUCGGUGUGUUCAGUCUUCGAUCGACCUUUGAAGUUAGAGCUCUGUUUGUUGUGUGUGCGAGAAAAUAGCUAUGGAAGAUCGAAAGUCGAAUAAGUGGAGUAUAGGAAUGCCAGAUACAAUAUUCGGACUCGUGAUUGAGCACAUAGUCGAUUCGCGUGACCGGGACGCGGUCUCUCUGGUGUGCAGGAGAUGGUACGAGAUCGAUGCGCUGACUCGCAAACACAUUACGAUCGCCUUGUGUUACACCACCACUCCGAGGCGGCUCCAGCGGAGGUUUCAGCAACUUCGGUCGCUCAAAUUGAAGGGGAAGCCACGAGCGGCGAUGUUCAAUUUGAUACCGGAGGAUUGGGGAGGGUUUGUGACUCCAUGGGUUGAAGAAAUUGCCAAGUCUUUUAGUUGCUUGGAGUCGCUUCACUUCCGGCGGAUGAUUGUGAAGGACUCUGAUCUUGAAUUGCUUGCUCAAUCGCGUGGCCAUGCUUUAAAAGUGCUUAAGCUCGAUAAGUGCUCCGGUUUUUCCACAGAUGGACUUUUACAUAUCACUCGCUUGUGCAGGAAGUUAAAGACCUUGUUUCUGGAAGAGAGCAGUGUCGAUGAGAAAGAUGGGGAGUGGCUACAUGAGCUUAGUUUGAACAACACAGUUCUUGAAACAUUGAACUUUUACAUGGCUGAUCUUGCAAAAGUCAGAUUCCAAGACCUUGAAGUGAUAGCUAGAAAUUGUCGCUCUUUAGUGUCGAUGAAGAUUAGUGAUUGUGAAAUUCUGGACCUCGCUGGUUUCUUUCGGGCAGCAGGUGUGCUAGAAGAGUUUGCUGGGGGUUCCUUCAAUGAGCAACCAGAAAAAUAUUCUACCGUUUCACUUCCCCCAAGAUUAUGUUGUUUGGGUCUAACAUACAUGGGGAAGAAUGAAAUGACCAUUGUAUUCCCCUUUGCAUCCCUACUGAGAAAAUUGGAUCUGCUCUAUGCUCUACUCGAUACAGAGGAUCACUGUCUCUUAAUUGAAAGGUGCCCUAACUUAGAAGUUCUUGAGACGAGGAAUGUCAUUGGGGAUAGAGGAUUGGAAGUUCUUGCUCGGUAUUGCAAGAGAUUAAAGAGGCUUAGGAUUGAGCGAGGUGCUGAUGAACAGGGAAUGGAGGAAGAGGGAGGAUUAGUUUCACAGAGAGGAAUAAUUGCUUUGGCGCAGGGCUGCCUUGAACUGGAAUAUUUAGCUGUAUACGUGUCUGAUAUCACAAACGCAUCUUUGGAAUGUAUUGGCAGAUACAUGAAAAACCUAUGUGAUUUUCGCCUGGUCUUACUGGAUCAAGAAGAAAGGAUAACGGAUUUACCUCUUGACAAUGGAGUUCGAGCUCUACUAAGAGGCUGCAAGCUUAGAAGGUUUGCUCUGUAUCUUCGGCCUGGGGGCCUGACUGAUGUGGGUCUCAGUUAUAUCGGGCAGCACAGCGACAACAUUAGAUGGAUGCUUCUGGGUUAUGUUGGGGAAACUGAUGAAGGGCUUCUGGCGUUCUCUAGAGGCUGUCCAAGCUUACAAAAGCUAGAAAUGAGGGGUUGUUGCUUCAGUGAACGUGCACUCGCUUUUGCUGUAUUGCAGCUAACUUCUCUCAGAUAUUUGUGGGUGCAAGGGUAUCGAGCAACAUCUGCAACGGGUUGUGAUCUCUUAGCCAUGGCUCGCCCAUAUUGGAAUAUUGAGUUAAUACCUUCAAGGCAAGUUGUAGUUGCCGAUCCUCAUGGAGAAGCUGUAGUUGUUGAGAAUCCUGCCCAUAUACUAGCAUAUUACUCCCUUGCCGGACAAAGAGAAGAUUUUCCAGAUACCGUUUGCCCUCUGCUGCCCCCAUCUUCCCUUCUUACUUCGUAGAUCUGUAUAUAUUCUUUUCCCGACAGUUCCCUUCUUUCCUCUGUUACAUGUGCUCUGUCCUGUUAAUAGGUUCUUGUAUCUUUUCUUUUUGGUAUAAGGGUUUUUUUUUCUUUUUCUUUCAUUUUAAAUUAUAGUUAAAACCUAUUUCUAAACUCUUUUGCUAAAAUAAGUUUUUUUGUUGUCUGUAA